AUGGGAAGACUGCAUCCGGCCUACCGGCUAUACCCGGACUAUGCUGGCGCAUUUGUUGCCCCGACUGUGCCUACGGAAGAUCCGUACAGCUCCAAGCCUCUUGACGCCGCCGCAUACGGAGAGACGUGUCCCUCGUGCCUAACGGUAGCCGUACCCUCCCGGUUAUAUCAUAAACCAACGACGGAGAAGCCUUUCGCGGGAACCCGCGUCGGAAUCAAAGAUAUAAUGGACCUCAGCGGGCUGCGCACAGGGGGCUCCUCCCGAGCGUACACCGAACUACACGGCCCACGCACCGAGAAUGCGGACGUUGUUCAGAAGAUACUAGAGCUUGGUUUCAUUGUUGUCGGGAAAUUAAAAUCUACCCAGUUUGCAGGCUCGGAGUGGCCGACCUGUGACUAUGUCGACUAUCAUGCGCCGUUCAACCCGCGCGCGGACGGAUAUCAAACGACAAGCGGGAGCAGCUGUGGGAGUGCAGCCGCGGUUGCCUCGUAUGGUUGGCUGGAUUUUACUCUCGGAACUGACACCGACACUGUUGGCGGCUUUGCCCGUGAUGCAGUGUCCUUCGCAAAAUUGUCCCGAGCCCUGUACGGCUCCGCCAACGAUCCAAAGUUCUCCAAGGUAGGGGACACACUUGGAAACUCCUCUCUCAGUGGAUGUAUGUCAUGUAUCCUAACUUCUAAAAUCCUGCAGAAACCACAGAAGCUUCUUUACCCUGAGGAAUACUGGCCGAAGACAAGCACGGAUCACGACGCUGUCUUGGAGUCUUUUAUCACGAAGCUGAAACCUACCUCGGGGUUCAACGAACACGUUUUAGCAUAG